GUGUACUUACGGAUAUCGCGUUUGCCAUUGCGAUCUUACUACAAGCCGCCUCCCCCGUUGGUGUGCACUACUCAGAGUCCAAUAAAUCGGAUACUUCGAAGCAAGUCUGGAUUGGUAUCGUAACAGGGUAACAUCCAGCCUUACUGCGGUGGAGGGCUCAUAAGUGUCUCCCCAACGAUGAUGACACCUCCGGCGCCUUCUCACCAUGCCUCCCUAUCGACUCGGAGGCCAUCCAGUCUUCAGGAGCCACGGAUCGAUGUCGAAAUCUCAUCUUUACCUUUCGGCGCCGAGAUUUUUGGGGCUCUGCCACAGUUCGCAACUGGAACAGCUGACUCGCACCAUCCAACGGAGCCAGGUGAACGGGAACCUAACGAUGAGCACGCGGCUGAUUUGGAAGACGCUCAAACUUUACCAGAUGCACCCGACAAGGAGAGCGAACAGAUCCACCGGGAUAGCGACCGUGGGGAGACUUCGCCGAGGCACAACUGGAGGCCUUUGCCGAUGCGAAAUGCAUACCUUGUAGCAAUGACUCUGCUCUCGUUAGCUAUGGGUAUCGGGCAAGAGACGCUAUAUCGGCUAUCCUCCAGAUUCGGCUCCCUACUCACCUUCGAAGCCGUGUCUGAGCUGACGGCCGCGCAGUGGUUUUGCUGGCGUUACCUUCCACCCAUGGUCGUCAUCUUCUACGGCAUCGCGAUAGCGACGGCGGAUCACCAGGUCAUGCGCCUGGCGCCAUUCUAUGACCUCUCUGGGCAGCGCGGUCUCUCCGGCCGCGAAUCCCUACUCCGCAACCCGGCCAAUUACUUCUGGUAUCUUCGACAUCCCAUAAAGGCCGGGCCCAGAGUAUGGACAUCGGCUCUGGCCACUGUUCUGGCCUUAGUGGUGGUUCCACCCGUACAGAACGCGUCUCUUUUCACGACGACCGAACACCUCACAUUCCCGCACCAGAUCACCCGCUUAAAGGUGCACUCUCUCUGGUCUAGGCUGCUCACCGUCAGCUUGGUGCUCAUCGCCUGUUGCAGCGUGACAUUACAGUUUCUACUCAGGCAGUCAUCCGGUCUCUCGGAAAGCCCCUACGGUAUCGCCGGAGUCUUGUCUGUGAUCGCAGAUGGCAAUGUCCUCGAAAAGUUGGAGGAGCUGGGGGUCCACGCGACUCGACAGGACAUCGCCGCGAAGCUAUCACAUGAACACUUUGCCCUUAGGAAUGGCUGCUUGUGGCAGAUCACAGCUCUCGGCGAUGUAGAGAGGAGUGGCCGAGUCCCACAGCCCCAAAACGUUCGUCCUCGAAGAUGUGUGCCCGGGAAGAGCCUGGUCUUCAUAUUGGUCCUUCUAGGGAUCGUCAUAAGUGUACUGACCGUAGUUCUGUCACUUACUGGGGCCAGAGACAUUCUCAAGGCCGUUCCAUGGAUCGGGACGGCAUUCGCUGUCGUCUAUAAGCUUCUGUGGGGUCAGUUUGAAGUAUUCCACAGAGGCACCGAACCAUACUUCCAGCUGUGGCGCGGAAACGCACCGCCUUCGGUCUUAUUUGUGGACUAUACCGGGCUGCCGAUCGUUGUGCUCCCGUUGGAGGCACUUCGACGAAAGCAUUACCAGCUGGCCUUGUUAGGGCUCAAUAGCAUCCUAGCAGAAGUCUUGGUCGUCUGUGUGGCCUCUGUCAGCGAUCCGAUUGUGACCCAGAUUUAUUGGUUCUCUACCGAAACCUCGACACAAGAAACAACCUUUGUCACCUUUUGGGUUACGCUUAGCCUCGCCGCCAGCAUACCAUUAAUCAUGACAAUGUCGGCGAUCGGUAUUUGGAUCAAGAGGCGGAAAGCACGUCUCCCCAGGAGCCCGGGCAGUAUCGCUUCAGUUCUCCUCUACGUAUUGAACAGUCGAUUGAUAGAGGAUGUGAAGACCACGCGUUCCAUCACACCAAGGAAGAGGUUGAAGUUGCUGCAGGCUCGCGCCAAGACGUAUGCCCUUGGCUGGUUUGCGACCGGAGAAGGAUCGUUACGUUUGGGUAUCGACGAAGAGCCAUGCGUAGCUAGAUACGUAGGCGCAAUUGAGGAGAUAGGCGAGGAUUUGUAGAAUCGAUGGAAAUGAAAUAUGUAGCUGCACAACUGACCAGGACGUCUUUUGUUGACUAGUGAACAAUACCAAAC